UUAAAUCUUAGUUUUCACGACGAUCACUCUAUUUUAAAGGCAUCUAUGAUUUAUGAUGAAAAUCUUACAUUUAGUGAUAGGUAAUUCAUGUCUUAGAGCUGAACUAUGCAUAUGUGGAGAUGUCAGUGAAAUGAUACGGAUGGCAAGCCAAAAUCAGUCGUCGAUACACGUUUUCUGAUACCAAUUACUACCAAUUACACGCAGAGAGAACAUUUUCAACAUCGAAACGUUUAAGACCGUACUCGAGAGGAGGAACGUCUUAAUGAAUUAGUUACGCUAAAAAUAUCAACAACAAAUAAAAGCACUUAUCGAAGUUCUACAACGGUUUUCGAAAACCUCAACCCAAGUGAAUCGAACUAUCGGACGAAGUAAAAAAAGCGUGUGUCCGUCGCCAUUGUUUUCAUUAUUAUGUUUAGUUUAUUUUUUGUAUAUUUUUCGGAACCAAGAAAGCACACCUUCCCCGUUGUUCAAACCUAAUCCCGUGGCAGUUGAGCGAUUGUUAAUUUUCAAGCCGCACCCCUACCCCCAUUGAGAAAUCCUGCGUUCUGGUAGUACCCGUGCACGGUUCGGUUCGAAUCACAACACCACGACGUGCUAUGGUUACGGAGCCCUGUUAUCGAUUUUCGAGCGCGACACACGUCGAACCCGUCGUCGUCGUCGUCGUCGGCCACCGCGGAGCAACCAACGGUAUCGCGAUCCGAAAAACCUUGACACGCGGUUACCGGUCGGGCUCCAUUCGAAACCGCCGUUUUGAUGAUGUACUCAAAGGGAAAACAGUUGUUCAUGAAAGGGACCACGUCCGCGGUGACGAGGAACGUGUCCGCGAACGUUGCCAAGCACCGGAAACCGCGGUACAGUUUCGCCGUCAUCGACAGGCGAACGGUCCACGUGGUGGGCGCGGACGACGAAGACGACGACGACGACGGUCCAUCGGCCGCGGCAGACGACGCGGGCGUCCGUCUAGACACGAACGUCGACUACGUGACACAAGUACUUUGGUGCACACUCGGUUACAUAAAUUGCCUGGUGGUCACUUGUUCAGAGGGUAUGAUUGUUUACGAUUGCGAUAAACAUUUCAAACGCAUAUAUUCGCAUAGUUGCGAGGACAAAAACAUGAAAGAGAAGUAUGCCAAAGGAAUAGCUACUUUUGAAUGCACAUAUCUGUGCGUUGGUAAUAGUAACGGAUCGAUUAGAAUGUUUGGACCAGACGAAGAUGGUCAAGUGGUAUUUUUAGAUCGAAAACUAAUCCAUGCGGCUCCCAUCACGGAUAUGUCAUCGUGCAAACAGAACUUGUUGUCUUGUGACGAGUCUGGUUGUGCAGUUAUAUCACAUCUUGACUGUGGUGAAUUAAUGAUUAUUGCUCGAACAAAAGUAUUUCCUGGAUAUCCAUGCACCAUAACCGAAAUUACUAGAAUGGGCUUUUUAGCAGUAGGUUAUGGUUGCGGUACAAUUCGCAUGUUUGAUCCAGCCAUUAAAAUAACAAAUGGUGAUGCUGAAGACCUUAUUCUACCUAUGAUGAUUCAGGUGUCAGCACAUGCUCGUUGUAUAACAUCCAUGUCAGCUGCUAAAGAUGCAGAUCUAUUACUGAGUGUAUCUGAAGAUUCGUGGAUAAGAAUUUGGAAAAUUCACUCCACAACGGUUACAUUAGCAUAUUGUUACAUGAAGGAGGAUACAUUGUUUAUGGGAUGUCAAUUCAUCACUAGAAAUGGAUCAACAUUUUGCACAACAGCAUACAAUUCACCUUACAUAACAUGUUACAGAUUAAAGCAAUAGUAGGAUAUGUAAAUUUUAAUUGUAAAAUUAAUUGAUACAGUAAAAAAAAAAAAAAAAACAGAAUUUUAAA